ACACUAAACAUUUUGCGACAUGCGCGCAUUUUAUUGUCCCAAGUGGACGGUGCCAGAAAUACUGCAUUUUGGAACACAAUAAAUGUUAAUUCAGAAACCAAACACCAAAAUCCAAAACACACUUCCAAAUUCCAGACACAAACUGAGCUUGAGCCUUUCAAAAAGGGAUCAAAUUUGCACACGCAACCUUUGAUUCCUUUCCCACCAUGGUGGCAGAUUCUAAGUCCAAAUCCGACCUCUCCUUCUCCAAAACCUUUGCCAGCAGUUCUUUCUCUUCAUUUUUCGCUGAGGUAUGUACUAUUCCUUUGGACACUGCCAAAGUUAGGCUUCAACUUCAAAAACAAGCUGUAGCUGGUGAUGUAGUCUCCUUACCUAAAUAUAAGGGUAUGCUGGGAACAGUGGCAACCAUUGCUAGAGAAGAAGGUCUUUCAGCUCUCUGGAAGGGCAUUGUGCCAGGGUUACAUCGUCAAUGUUUGUAUGGAGGUUUAAGAAUUGGGUUAUAUGAGCCAGUUAAGACUUUCUAUGUGGGAAAGGACCAUGUUGGAGAUGUUCCAUUGUCGAAGAAAAUUCUUGCUGCAUUUACAACUGGUGCUGUGGCAAUUGCAGUGGCAAAUCCAACUGAUCUGGUCAAAGUUAGACUUCAGGCAGAAGGGAAAUUACCACCUGGUGUUCCCAGACGCUACUCUGGAUCUUUAAAUGCUUAUUCAACAAUUGUGAGACAGGAAGGAGUUCGGGCUCUUUGGACUGGGCUUGGCCCCAAUAUAGCAAGAAAUGCUAUCAUCAAUGCUGCUGAAUUAGCCAGCUAUGAUCAAGUGAAGCAGACUAUUUUGAAAAUUCCAGGAUUCACUGACAAUGUUGUUACUCAUCUCCUUGCUGGUCUUGGGGCAGGGUUUUUUGCUGUCUGUAUUGGCUCCCCAGUUGAUGUGGUUAAAUCGAGAAUGAUGGGAGAUUCUAGUUACAAGAGCACUCUUGAUUGUUUUAUCAAAACAUUAAAGAAUGAUGGACCCUUUGCUUUUUAUAAAGGGUUCCUCCCAAACUUUGGACGGCUGGGAUCUUGGAAUGUGAUCAUGUUUCUAACCUUAGAACAGACUAAAAAGUUCGUCAAAAGUUUAGAGUCGUCCUGAGUUCUGUUUUCUUGAGAUUUUUUAAGGGGAUUGGUUGCAACUGCAAAUGUAGCGGAACUUGUGGGAAAUAAAGGUCCCUAUCUCUCUUCAUUCUACUAACCUGGAUGGAGUCAAACACCUUUUUAGGGAGAAGAAAAUGAAAGUAAACCGAGAAUGUUAUUCAAAUAUACUAGCUUUUAGCAAUUGCCAAAUCUUCUGUAGGAUUGAAUGCUGUUUCCAUGCAAUUCUCUUCAAAUUUUAUAUGAACCGAGCUUGGACAUGCGAUUCUUUUCAAAUUUAGAGGGAUUCAUGCCUCAAACCAAUCAUUAUAAAUUUAAACACACCUUUGCCCUUGAUCAAGAC